CCGGCGUCUUCAUCUCGACUGGAACCCCCCCUCUUUCCCUCUGCCCCUUCCUGUCUUCUCAUUGACGAUGACAUCAGGGUUGGCGCUCUCGCUGGCGGUGGCUGCGGCUGCGGUGCUGUGCGCAAUGGCGAGCUCUGUACCCGAGACCACCGAGGUAGUUGCUCUCAAGCAGACCACUUCGCCGACUCUUGCUGCCCUGGAGGGCGAGUGGGUCGGCAACAUGUGUGACGUCAACAUCAGCAUUGAUCUCGAAGGUAGGUUGCGGUUCUCGCGGCCAGCGCGGACACUGUGCUCGGACUCGUUUGAAGCCGGCAUCACCGAGCACAUCAUCGAAGGAAUCGACGAGAGUGGGAGCUGCUUGGCUGUGGCAACAGGCGACAUUGACCACCCGAUCCACUACUCGAUCGAGUUUGACACGGUCCACCUGAGAAUGGCGUACGCGCCGGACCUCCAGUUCUGCCCGACGCUCCCGCACGUCCCAUCGUGCUCGUGCACCUCGUACGGGACGCCAGUUUCGGGUUUUACCGCCUCAUUCGUGCGGGCCGGCCUCGGACUCGAGCCGAAGCCGUGCCACUUUGUGAAGAACGAGAUGACCCUUCGCAGCCCGCUGACAUAUGUGUUCAAGGUCGCGCUGGUCAUGGGCGUCAUCACCACAGGCAUCGAGUGGUUCAUUCAGCGGUAUUUGCAGGACGUGCCCUAAGACUUUGACACGUCAUGCAGCCUAGCCUGACGAGGUCGACACCUCUUGGGUCGCCGACGAUGCGGCGCGGCUCCGCCGCCGCUCGCACCGCGGGCACGCGUCGCGCCGCUGGUCAAAGCAUCGCACAUGGUAGCACGAGCCGCACGUCUCGCACGCCACAGUUGUGUUCUGGAACGGAUAGAUGGCCUCAUUGGCGUUGCACAUGCCGCAAAUAUGACCCUUCCACCGGCAACGCUCGCACCCAUACACAUGCGCCUCGAGAUGCUCUGCCCACGAGACCAGGUCCGACACCAGAUCAUCGACGUGCAGCAGGUCGUCGAGCGAGUAAAAGUGGAUGUUGUCGA